UCGAUAGAUAUUUUGUGCAGUUUAUACUGACUUUCUGCUGGUUUCUGUGAUGAGGUUUUAAGUGACUUUUUUCUGUGCUAAUGUUGGCAAGGGCCUGGCGAGUGGGGAGGCUAUAGUCAGAAAUGCUGCAGCUGGCACAAACUGUCACUGAAAGCCAGCAUGUUUUUCCUCUUCUGGCAGUUCAGUUUGUUCUCAUUUGCAUUUUGGUUUAGCCUGUGAACGAGCCAUACAAAGGGCACAUGCCCAGACUUACGGGUGUCCUAGUAGCUGAAAUUUACGGGAAUGCUAUUCAAAUCAAGGGAAAUGCACUGAAGACAACAGAAGAGCAGGAUGUGGAGACCCCGUAUGGCAAAGUCCGCUGCACCUUGAAGGGAGUCCCCAAAGGGGACCGUCCUGUCAUCCUGACCUUCCAUGACAUCGGGCUGAACCACAAGAACUGCUUCGACCCGCUGUUCACCCACGAGGACAUGCAGGAGAUCACGCAGCACUUCGCCGUGUGUCACGUGGACGCGCCCGGGCAGCAGGAGGACAUCCCCGCCUUCCCCGCCGGGUAUGAGUAUCCUUCUAUGGAUCAGUUGUCUGAGAUGCUUCCUGUGGUCCUCAAGCAGUUUGGCCUGAAGACUGUCAUUGGUAUUGGUGUUGGUGCCGGGGCCUACAUCCUUGCCAAAUUUGCUCUGGACUACCCGGCAAUGGUAGAUGGCCUGAUGCUGAUCAACAUUAACCCGUGUGCUGAAGGCUGGAUGGACUGGGCUGCACACAAGAUCAGUGGCUGGGCUCAUGACUUGCCUGACAUGAUCAUCACCCAUCUGUUUGGGAAGGAGGAAAUCCACAACAACCAUGACCUGAUCGCAACAUACCGCCACCACAUCCUGCACGACGUCAACCAGACCAACCUCCACCACUUUGUCAAGACCUACGAGAGCCGAAGAGACCUGGAGGUCGAGCGACCCAUCCCUGGAGGACACGUGCAGGCACGGACCCUGAAGUGUCCCACUCUGUUGGUUGUGGGCGACAGCUCCCCUGCCGUCGACGCCGUGGUGGAAUGCAACACAAAACUGGACCCAACAAAGACCACGCUGCUCAAGAUGGCAGACUGCGGUGGCCUACCCCAAGUCGAUCAGCCAGCAAAACUGACGGAAGCCUUCAAGUAUUUCAUUCAGGGCAUGGGCCACAUGCCCGCCGCCAGCAUGACCAGACUGGUGCGCUCUCGCACGGCGUCCGGCUCCAGCGUCCACUCCUUCGACGGCAACCGCAGUCGCUCGCACACCAACGAGGGCACGCGCAGCCGCUCGCACACGGCCGACGCCCACCGCGCCCACCCGCACGUCGACUCCACCGCCGAGAGCAACGUGGACCAGGCCGUGCCCAAGUCCACCGAAGUGUCCUGCUAGAGCCCUCCGCCCGCGGCCCCCGCCCACAACCCCGCCCACAGCCCCGCCCACCGCCUGCGCUGCCCUGCUCCGCUCCUAAAUAACCAAGCAAAGACUGGAUGCGAUCCCAGUAUCUCCUCUCUGCACCCAGACACGACAUUCCCCGAGUUCAAGCAUUGCUCCCAUUUUGUCAUACCAAAGAGAGUCAAGGGUAGGGCCACCGUGUCUUCUCAAGCCUCUCGAAAGGGGCCGAGACUGUUACGCGACAUCACCUUCGACCGCGUCGUUAAAGGCGAUGGCGCUCAGGGAAAGCCGACGUUGUUGUUCACGCGCUGCUUCCUCAGGAGCAGUCCCCCCGAGCAGGCACAUUUGUUUUUGCGAGCAGGGCAGCAAGGGCGCUCCUGGAGGAAUGUGUUGGAGAAACCUUUGCUUGUAAGCAAUGCACAAUAAUCAACUGUCCAGGUUUAAUGACCAGUGUACUUUCUCCACUUUAGUGUUUUUAAUUUAGUUUGUGUUCAGUGUUGGUUACUGACACAUUACAGCUAGCUCCAAUGCAGAAAAUGGCUGAUUUUGUUCUUGAACUCUGAACUUGAUAACGGUCUUGGUGUCUGAUUUAUCAUUCAGUAAAACUUUCACUUAAAAGUGGAUAUGAUCUCACAAGGUGGAGAAAUUACUUGUGGAACCGUUUGGAUCAAAUGAGAGCAGUCUGACUAAAUAGCUUUUCAUUCUUAAAUGUACAGUACUACAAUAAUUUUGUUGAUUACCCAGGACUUCCUGAUUACUGCGUUUUAUGGCGUUGUCUGUCACCUUUAAUGCUUUAAAAUAUCUUUUAACUACCAGCAUGGAAUGAUUUUAGCCAUCGCUUUUGGGGAAAAUGAUAAAGAAGCUGUUUUUGUCUUCUAUUGAGCUUACAGUCAAUCAGUCAAAAAGGAAAAAAAUUGCAUUAACGAUUUUGCAAUCGUGUUCUAAUUGCAGGUAAACUGCUUCAGGCAAUAGAAAUGUUCAGGUUGUUUAUUUUUUAUAUAAAUUAUAGGUUUUUCUAUGCAAGUAAUAACAACAACAGAACAGAAUUGUGCCAUGGAACCCUAAAGUUGCAUUUAACUCUUAUUGAUGGUUUCAGGGCAGUGCUAAUCACAAGAUAAAAUGAUGAAACACUAGCGUACAUUUGGCUUCUUACUGAACUCUGAUUACUCUUUUCCUCGCACAAUGGCAUUUGCUACCAGCUUUCUAGAAGAAAAAAAAAAAAACGAUUAGCUUUGUAAAGAUGCAAAACUGCCUACUGUAGGUGGGAAGUUUUCUUAAUGACAUAACAUUUGUAUUUAUUAAAAAAUUUGUAACUGCA